AUGAAUCUAGCAACGCAUAGCGGAGACCAACUCUGUGACUUGUUAUUCGUGAAUUUUAAUCAAGAUUGCUCGUCACUUGCUGUUGGUACAAAAACUGGCUACAAACUAUUUUCUUUGGCUCAGGUUGACCGACUAGAUCAAAUUUAUGAACAUGUGAACGAAGAUGUUUGCAUAGUGGAGCGCCUGUUUUCCAGUAGCCUUGUUGCUAUUGUAAGCUUGCAGUCUCCUCGCAAGUUGAAAGUAUGCCACUUCAAGAAAGGCACAGAAAUAUGCAAUUACAGUUAUUCAAACUCUAUUCUGGCAGUACGCCUAAACAGGCAUCGCCUGAUUGUCUGCCUGGAAGAAAGUUUGUAUAUCCACAACAUCCGUGACAUGAAAGUCCUGCACACAAUCCGGGAUACUCCGCCCAACCCACAGGGAUUGUGUGUCUUCUCUUCCAGUAAUGAUAAUUGCUUUCUUGCCUAUCCAGGCAGCAACCAAAUUGGGGAAGUUCAGAUUUUUGACACAAUGACCUUACGUGCUUUGACAAUGAUCCCAGCUCAUGACAACCCAUUAGCAGCUCUUGCUUUCAAUCCCCAAGGAACAAAGCUAGCUACAGCAUCUGAAAAAGGGACAGUUAUUAGAGUAUUUUCUAUUCCUGAUGGACAAAAACUCUUUGAGUUUCGGAGAGGUGUCAAGCGGUGUGUAACCAUUUAUUCCUUGGCAUUCAGCCCUGACUCUCUCUACUUAGCUGCUUCUAGUAAUACUGAGACAGUCCAUGUCUUUAAAUUGGAAAGUAUCAAAGAUAAGCCCCAGGAGGAUAGCCAAGGGUGGAUGGGGUACUUUGGUCAAGCUCUAAAAACCUCUGCCAAUUACUUACCUGCUCAGGUGUCCGAGAUGUUUAACCAAGGUCGUUCAUUCGCUACCUCUCGUCUGCCUACCACAGGACUCAAGAAUGUCUGUGCUAUUGCUACAGUGCAGAGUAUUCAACGUCUGUUAGUGGCCUCCCAAGAUGGUUAUUUGUACAUCUUCAAUAUUGAUUCUAAAGAAGGUGGAGAAUGUGUACUGCUGCGUCAACAUAGACUGACUGGUGCUGAUAGUGGAGGUGCUAUAACCGAUGUGCAAUCGGGUACCAAAGACAAAACUGUUUCUAGUCCUCCUGUGACCUAUGCAGCCAGUGUCCACCGGUCUGAGCAGCAAUGUCCAGCUACUGUUGAUGCCACUUCUUUACUGCCCGGCACUCCCCCAGGUAAGCUCUCGUCCCACCCUCCAAAGCAGCACCAAUCCCAAUCCCUCAGCAGCCAAGACUGGGAACCCCAGCCCAGCAACCGGUGGCUGCCUGGCUCUGGUGCCUCUUCCAAGAAUAGCUAUGCUGCAGUGUUGAAGAAGCGAGGUGGGCCUCAAUGUCUGGUGACAGACGACACCAAUGACGAUGUUGGUAUUGAUGUGUUAUUGCGUGAAGCUGCAGACUCUCAGCCAUACCAAGAACCAGAACAAGGAGCAGAAGGAGGUGAUUGCCUCCCCCAGUAUAUGGACACACUUCGCUUACAUGAUGAGACAGAGUUCCCUCCUGUGAGCAACUGA